CAGGAUAGUCUCGUCAUGCGGAUUGAAGACACUAGGACAGUUACUCGUGUCGACUGGGACCGGUCUACCGUGAUUCACUAUUCAACGGUUUCUGCGUCUAACACAUUGUUGUAGGUAAGAAAAAUAGUAUCGUAGUUUCACAGAAGUUUAUCAAUGAGUCUGAUAAAUGAAACCCUCCCCAAAACAGAACCAGGAACGGGCUCAUCUUAGUUCAAACCAAUGAUGUUCUGUUGGUGUCAGUACGAUUCUAAAUUCUCCAGGACAACGCCAUGGUAACCAGGUGUUCUAGAACGAUACAUGAUUUUGGCAGGUAAGGACUUUUUUUCUUCAUGUUGUAUGUGCAGAGUUUCUUUUAUACGAAACCAGGAAAGACCCAAAAAUGCUGCUUUCAUUGGUGUCAACACCUUUUCCAGUGAUUCAAGCUACAAGUAUCUCCCUGCCGAUUGAUACCUUAAGGUACAAAAAUAAAACCACCCCUUCUCUUCCGGGCAUGGAAUGUCCGUUUCGAAUGUUUCAACCGUUGAAUUUCAAAUCUCGCACUUGUGAGUUUGACACCGUGGAGGAAGGUUCUAUCUUUCCUCUCCGAGUUCGAAUCGCAUUCUGAAACCUUUGAGAACGCUUGGAAGGAUUCCGACAUGAGUUGUUUCUCGCCGAUCUUCACUUCGCCUGCAGCUGGCGCCGCCGGGGUUCUCACAGCGGAGCAGUGCGCUUGGGAAGUCAUGAAGCCUUUUCGGGUCUUCGGCCCCGCCUGGAUGCGGAACGCCGGCCGCCCCGUCAGACAGGAGCUUCCCGAGCACGUCCGCUUCUGUGAAGACUGCGGGCGGCCUCACGACGACGUCGAGACAACCUGGAAGGUGGCAGGAGGAGGGUACCUGGCGCGCCUGCCUCCUCAGGGCCCCACCUGUGACACCUGUGGCCGCCUUACCGGCAUGACCAGUACCAUACGGCUCGUACGGUGGGGACAGGGAUGGCGAGUCGUCGAGUGGCACCGUUUCGACUUCAUCCUCAUGAGCGCUGACAUCUGGGGGACGCUGGACGAGCGACCUGUCUCCUUUCUGGUGGAGGACCACUGGGAUGACGACACCUACCGACCUGGCGACGAAGUCCAUUUCCACCACUUGGUAGGACUGGUCGAGACUCUUCGCCAGGGAGCGCCCUCUGAGAUCGAGGCUGCUACUGACGACAUCGUCGACUGGAUCAGCAACGAGGAGACCACGGUCGGUGUUGCGAUGGACGACGAGCUGUUCGACGAAGAGGAGGACCACUCGACGCCUUGGGUCGUGGAUGUGGAGGACCUCUUCAUGCAACAUCCACAGUUCUUCUCACCGGCAGCGGACGGGAUGUGAAGUCGAAAUUGAUGUGAGGCCAGUGUCACCGCCAGGGCUGUGUACCAUCAUCAUCAUCAUCAUCGGUCGACUGCAGCGCAGGCGACUGUAAGUUUCUUCCAUACCCUUCUGUCUGUGUACCAUAAAAGAAUUCAGAUACAGGUACGGCU